AGCCUCCCCAGCAGCACCCCGAGAAGGGCUGGGAGGAAGCAGCCCACUGCCGAGCUCUGGGGCAGGCACGUGAGCUGGUCUGAGCCUGGCACUGCAAGCCUGAGAGCAAAGCAGAGAACCCUUUGUGGGAAUGCCCCUUGCAGGGACUCCUGCUCCUCUUAAAAGGAAAAAGCCCACUAAACUCAUUGGGAAGCUGACAGACGAAGUCAUGCCACAAGAGGUGUCCAAGCUGAACCUGGGGAAGAAGAUCAGCAUCCCCAGAGAUGUGAUGCUAGAAGAGCUCUCUCUCCUCACUAACAAAGGAUCCAAGAUGUUCAAAUUACGUCAGCUGAGGGUGGAGAAGUUCAUUUAUGAGAAUAACCCUGAUGCCUUCACCGACAAUUCUGUGGAUCACUUUCAGAAGUUCAUCCCACCAGGAGGGCAUUAUGGGGAAGACGCCCAUGGCGAUGCCCACGGGCGGAUGGUAGGAGGAGUGACAGCUGGGCAGCAUGGCUCCAGUAAGCAGCACUAUCCCGCUGGUUCUGCUAAGCAUGGAAGCAAAGGAGGCCCUAAGGAUGGCAAAGGGGAGCAUGCGGGGGACUCGGCUGGAAGUGGUGGAGAAGGAGGGGAUGGUACUGAGAAAGAUGGAAAGUCAGGAGGCAAAAAAGUCACUAUAUUUAAAACUUACAUCUCCCCCUGGGAACGAGCAAUGGGUGUCAGCCCCGAGGACAAAAGUCAGUUCACCAUUGACUUGCUGUCAUAUAGUCCCAAAGCUGAUUUCCCACAUUACAAGUCUUUUAACCGGACUGCCAUGCCUUACGGGGGUUAUGAGAAAGCAGCCAAACGGAUGACCUUCAAAGUGCCACAGUUUGAUAUUUGCCCUUUGAUUCCAGAAUCUCUUAUGAUAUAUAAUCAAAAUUUCAGCAACAGACCCUCCUUCAACAGAACCCCAAUACCUUGGAUGCCUUCAGGAGACUCCUCUGAGUACCACACUGAAGUCAACAUGCCAAGGAGUGGUGAAACAGAAGAGCUGUAACUCCCCACCUCCAAGGCCUUCCUUUUUUUCUCAGCCCUUCCUAUUUGCAAGUUGAUAGUAAGGAGCUGAAAAG